ACAUCACUGCACUCUCAAUCCUCUUCCACACCACCCAUCAUGUCGACCUUCGGCCAGUACUACCGCGUCACCACCUACGGCGAAUCGCACGGCAAAAGCGUCGGAUGUAUCGUCGACGGUGUGCCUCCGGGCCUCGAGCUCACGGAAGCUGAUAUCCAACCCUCCAUGACCCGCCGUCGUCCCGGACAGAGCGCACUCACGACACCUCGCGACGAGAAAGAUAUGGUGGAAAUCCAGUCAGGCACAGAGCAUGGAAUUACAUUGGGUUCACCUGUGGCCAUGAGGGUCAUGAACCAAGACCAGCGGCCGAAAGACUACGGAAGCUCGACAAUGGACAUGUACCCUCGUCCCAGCCACGCGGAUUGGACAUACCUGGAGAAGUACGGCGUCAAGUCAAGCAGUGGCGGAGGAAGAAGUAGCGCACGUGAGACGAUUGGAAGAGUCGCAGCGGGAGCCAUUGCGGAGAAAUACCUACGAGUCGCACAUGGUGUGGAGAUUGUUGCGUUCACCAACUCAGUCGGACCAGAGCAUCUCUUCCCCGCUACGAAGACACAUCCAUCUCCUUCCACCAACCCUGCGUUCCUCGAGCUCAUCGACAAAGUCACCCGCAUAGACGUCGACAAGAACCUGCCCGUGCGCUGCCCGAACGCCGAAGCAGGCAAGAGAAUGGAAGACCUCAUCGCAGAAUACCGGGACAAACACGACAGCAUCGGCGGCACCGUGACCUGCGUGAUCCGCAACUGUCCCUCCGGCCUCGGCGAGCCUUGUUUCGACAAACUCGAAGCCACGCUCGCGCACGCCAUGCUCAGCAUUCCGGCCACCAAAGGUUUCGAAAUCGGCUCCGGAUUCGGCGGUUGUGAAGUCCCCGGCUCCAUCCACAACGAUCCUUUCGUCAAAGCACCCGUUGUGGAACCUUCCGUCUCAGGCGCCGAGAAGCCAAUCUGGUCCCGCCCGAGAUUAACAACCGCGACGAACAACUCUGGCGGUAUCCAAGGUGGCAUCUCCAACGGCGCGCACGUGUACUUCACCGUGGCGUUCAAGCCCCCGGCUACCAUCGGCCAGGCGCAGAAGACAGUGACCUACGACGAGAACGAGGGUGUAUUGGAGGCAAAGGGCAGACAUGACCCCUGUGUUAUCCCUCGCGCGGUGCCGAUCGUCGAGUCGAUGGCGGCGUUGGUCAUUAUGGAUGCGGUGUUGGCGCAGAGCGCGAGGCAGAGUGCGAGGGCGUGUUUGCCGGUGUUGAAGAAUACGGUGCCGGUUUCGAUGACGGCGAAUAAUUUGACGAAUGGGUCGAAGGAGUAG